UGUACACGGAACUAGCGCCCUAUAUAUAUCCGUGUAGUGCCCAAUAUAGGGCACUAUACGGAGCGAGAACAUAAGUUUCACUAGGCUACUUAGAACAAGGGUUGCUGUGAUGAAGGCUCAUGUCCCGAGGAAUGGAGAUGAAGGCUGCGAGGACACCCCAAUAAUGAGGAACAAUGAAUUCCUCUGGAAGGAAUACUAGUUCAGGAAUGAAGCAGGACAUCAAGGCCCAUCUCCUGGCCUCCCAGGAGCUGCUGGUCGAGUCCCUGUACAACCUCGCCCCUUUACUGGACUGUGCCCUGGCCCGCGGGCUGCUGUCCCAGGACAACUACUAUGAGGUGAAGGCGGAGAAGACACCCCCAAACAGGGCUCGGAAGUUGCUGGAGGUGGUGCAGGCCCAGAUGGACGAACGGGGGGCCUCCUGUUUCCUGGAGUGCCUGAAACGAUGCGAGCAUCACUACCCUCGCCUUCGCUCGUGGCUAUCCCAUAAUACAGAUAUCCAGCGUGGACCAACAGAAUGCCAGCUUCAGACCCAGUUCAGUGUUCUGUGUGCCCGCCUGGGUCACUCCGUCCUGCCUGUGUCCCUGGCGCUGUUCUCCACGGGCAUCAUCACCCAGUUUGAGCUUGACCAGGUCCAGUCAGCAGCCAUCCUCUACCAGCAAGCGCAGAAGCUGCUGACCAUCUGUCUGUCCAAGGGAGAUGUUGCAUGCAGGGCCUUCUACAGUGCUCUGAACGACGAAGACGAGAACCUGGCCGAGGAGAUCAGGACGAGUGGUUUGCCUGAAGCUCUUCCUGUUUUGUCGGUGCAAAGUGAAUCUGACAUCAGCAGUUUCCCAAUAGCUGUUGAGGAGACUAGUGCCGCUACUGCAGAGGCUGAGUCAGGUGUACUACAGGAAGUGCAAGGCCUGCUGGGUAUUGUGAGUGGAGAGGCCAGGCUGAAUAUCUGUGAGCUGGGGGUCAUGCUGGGUCUGCCCCGCUGGUCGGUCAGGGAGGUCCUGCUGGAAGAGGUGGGGAUCGAGGAUGGAGUUCAGCUGGAGGUGAUGGUGGAUCUUUUCCUCCAGAAGACCCGAGAUGCACCACUUUUGCUCAGCAGAGUGCAGGAGUGUAACAUUCAGAGAGCACAGCUGUCUGAGAGGGGUGGCCUAUUGCUCAAGCUUCUUCAGGAAGCCGAGUCAUUGCUCCUUCACAGGGACUUCCUGCACGGUGGGGGCCAAGCCUGCACUGGGGAUCUCAGAGACAAAGUGGAGGCCGUCUUCAUCUUCCUGCUGUGGGACUGCAUGGCGCAGGUCCUAGAGGUGCCCAUCUCUGAGCCCGGCAGGAGCGCGCUGGAAUAUGUUGCCGAGUUACGGGCUGGAGACAAGGUAGAUGUUUCCUUGCUCCAAGAGUUGGAGGAAUGCCUGAGAGAUGGAGGAGCAGAGGCCUUGAGACAGGGCGCACGAUUGCUGGCCCAGAUCCUACGAGACCUCCACCCUCGACAGGAUUGCCUCCACCUGUCUCCUCUGCAAGAUGGGGCGUACUCCUGCCGCCCAUGGAAAAUCCACAGGAUCACACGCUUCCGUGGUCUGCUAGCUCGAGUUAUUCGCAAAGUGGGUAGAGGUAGUGGGUUUUCACUCUCUGCUGCCAUGACAGACCAAGAUGGUCAUUUGCUGACCAGACAGUACAGAGAGGUCUGUGUGAGCGUAGCAAGGUUGCUGGAGAGAGUGUGGCCAGAUGGUGGUUCCACUGACCACCAGGGUGACUCGGACGCUGCCAUCACACAGCAUCUCAAAUUCACCUUGUCCAAGGAGGCAUUCGGAGCGGAGGUCUUUGAUGCUGGGAUGAGGCACCGUUUGCUGGGGAUGCUGGAGUUCAGCCCUGCACGGAUGGGACUGGGGUCUCUAAUGCGUCUUCAUCUGGAGACCCUCGCUGGGCUGGAGCACUAUCUGCAGCAAGGGGAGCACCACGGCUUCCAGUUUGCUAUAGAAUCCGUGCAAAUUCUCGGAGGGGCACAGCUGUGUUCCGUAGAGCGUGUGCGAGGUCUGGUUGCCAUCGACAACGGCUUGGAGGAGGUGUACCGUUUUAUGACAUCAGAGCCGACCUCAUUCCUGGUGAGAAUCUGUUGCCGUGGCUAUGAAAGGGAGUGUCGGUUUGAGGUGUGCAACCCACGGUGUGUGCGUCUUUCUCAGCUGGACUGGGCAACUUUACAGGACACGCACGGGGUCACAGAGGGUAUCGUUCUAACUGAGGAGGGAGGCUCUGUGUGGGUGAGAGAAGGGGGCAUGGGCUGGAUGGAGAAACUACAGGUUGAAAUGGAGAGAAACCGUUUGCAACUGAAUGACCAAGGGUGCUGCAUCAGGGUCACCAGUCAGGAGUCAGAAUGCAAGAUCAAGUUCAUCUAUAAAAAUGGACGAAUAUCAGCAUGUGCUGUUACAAACUGUGAUAUCCUGUAAUUUUCCACUUUACUUUCCAAUGGGGAACAACCAAAACAGUACUUUUGCACAAGUAGAGGGGAGCAGGACUCUUUGUUUCUACAAGUGAAAGUUACAGAACAGUGCUGAAUCUGUUUGACUCUGCAUUUCGUGUGUGGUACACAUCAGUGAUGCGCGGGUACGUGUCUGAACGACCCGCCCCGCCCCGCCGUUUACAACUAACCCGACCGCAACUCGGACCGCAAAAAAUAAUUAUUGAAAUACUGGACCCGACCCGCUUCCCGACCCGCUUAUUGUAAAAAGUAGUCUAACUUAGUCGUAGCGUCAUUGAGCUACGCAAAACUGGUAGGCCUAUCUCAUAUGCAUGUAAAACAAUAAUAUAUAUUGCCUAAUUAUAUAGCCUAUAGCCUAUAAUUGCUCAGAAUUUGGGAAACAUGCAUUUAGUCUACCUUUUUUUUGUUCCGUGUCAGCAUUCAUCCAAAAAUUAGGCUAUUUGACUCAACAUUGAACAUAAUUAGCCUAAGGAUUUUCCUAUACAAAUUCUGUUUCAGCUGUUCCUCACAUGAAUGCCUUGAAGCUCUCCCAAGCAUGAAAUGCAGACAUAGAAUAUUAUUAAGAAACUCUUUAUUAACGUCUUCAUCAAUGGACCCAAACAAAAACCAAAACCCAUAGAGCAGAGCUUCGCGAUUAUAAAUUGCAGCGAGAUGAAACCUUUAUUGCACGAAAGAGCAGACGUGGGGCUUUCCAACGAGCCACUUUAUAAGUUGCGCAAGGACGCACAUUGCAUGCUCAUACCAAUUGUAGGCUAUGCCUUGAUGACAUUAAAUUAAGAAGUAUUUCCUGAUUUGGGAAACUUUUAGUUUAUUUUUCUUUCCAUAAUACCAUUCGAUCUUGCUGCAAAUGAUCAGACUUGAGAAGCACGCAUUGCAUCGGCAACUUCGCUGCUCAGUAGCCGAAUUUUCUGUAGAAGAGGCCAGCAGUUCGAGAAAAAAGCUGCAGAUCAUAGACAGAGAAAGCAUAUGCUCUGAGAACAGAACACAGCAUGUCAAGUGUAGCCGAGGGUCUGUCUAUGCAGAAACAACAAGUGCAUUUGAUGUUCGUGACAAAAUGCGGGGGAUAGAAUCGCGUUUCAGUGAGAAUGCUGCAAAUUAUGUGUUUCUCUUCUAAAGACAAUUAUGUACGAUAUAAAUGACAAAAAAUUAACGGCAUAUUUUUUUUUACCGACCCGACCAAACAUGACCCGAAUAUCAUUAAAGAUAUUUUUUCUUGACCCAUAACCGCGGGUGACCGCGGGUGACCGCGGUCGCCUGCUCGAUUUGGAUCAGCCCGCGCAUCACUGGUACACAUACCACAAAACAGGAAGGAGGGUUUCACUGCUACGGACUUCAGCUCUCUGAAGUAGUUGGGCUUCCCAUUGCUUACACUAAACAACCAAAGAAUGUCUAAUCAGCUUAUAUUCAUAUAUUCAAUUAACCCUAUUCAUGUAUACAAUACAGUGAAUACACACAUAAAUAAUUAUACAAGACAAGAACAUAAAUGUUGAUUUUGUUGUUCAUAUUUAAUAACUUAAUUGACACACACACAAAAAAUAUAUUUAAUGUAAAAAAGCACAUAACUAACUGCAUUGCAAUAAAAACUGUGAAAACAAA